CUACCAGAAAAGCUGUAUGACAUUGAAAGAUACAGACCCUGAUGAAUGGCGAUUGCUUUUGCAUUCCAAGCUCUACACAACCCCACUUCUGUAUCACGUGCGCCUGUCGGAAACCUACUGGAAACAGCAAUCACUUUGCAGACUGGCCUACAACAACCGUCGGAUUCAGUGAAGCCCCUGACUAACAUGGACACCAGCCAAAGCCCCGCCAUGAUCAGCCGUACAGCACGCAGAGGUCACGCUGCCGUCGCCGCCAUCCUCACGGAUAUGGACCGCUACCUUCCUUCCGAUACGAUCAACCGCCAAGACUACCGGCGCUGCCGUACAGUGUACGGACUCAUGAAUACAACAUACCGCCGCAUAGAUGACUCUGAGCAACCUGGUAAAGAGUACAGGGACCUCCAAGGCCUAGAAGCAGAGCUACGCACCCAUCUCAACAACCUCAAUGCUGCCAAAGGGAUUCCAAUCAAAAUGCGCGAGUACCUCGACGAGCUGAGGGACGCCAUCAAUGACGCUCUCGCUCGAGGCAUCUCCACAGAGUUUAUUUUGGAAGGAAUCACCGACAUGAUUGAUGGCAAACCCAAUUCACAGACUGAUCCGCAACCGAAACUGGCGAAGAUGAUGCCCGACACCAAGUACAAGAAAGUGUGUGUCGACCUUGCAGAGGCCAAGAAGAAGAUCCAAAAGUUGAACGACGAGAACAAUGCGCUUACUAUGCGGGUCAAGCGCUUGGAGAUGGAGCGCGACAGAUCGAGUAGGUGGCUUUGA